UGUGUGUGUGUGUGUGUGUGUGUUGUGCUUCUAUUCUAAUUACUGGCAGAGUCUCUGCUGUUGCCAUGCCAAGACACUUCUACUCCAGGCUUUUGCUCAUGGAUCCUCAUGGUUCUACCUUCCAAAAUGUGUCCCUAAGAUGAAGUCCAGCGCUGGCCUGACUGCUUCAAUGUUUCCUACACUCCAUCCCAACAAAGGGCGGUUGUGUUAUCACAAAGCAGAGAGGUAGGGGUUUGAGGCUGGAAGGCAGAACCAGGCAUCCAGAGGAAGUUGGACCAUAUAGUACAAGACCCAAGCACUUGCUGACUUGGUCUCUGUUAGAGAGGAAUAGUAGCAAAGUCAUCCAACCAAGUUUACCACCGUGUGCCUACAAACUACAGCAUCUAUACCAAGAGUUAGGAUACCUUUCUGCCUCUUUUCCUGUUGAAGUGGACCCUGCAGGUGGAGGUAUUGGGUAGGAAGCUUCCAAGGGCUGUAGAAAAGACCUGGGAGCUCCUGGUGAGCAAUGAACAUGAAACACAGGCUGUGGUACGACUAAAAAGCUUGCAGGGCCUCUACCUGCUGUGCGAAGCAGACGGUACUGUGUGCUAUGGCAAGCCAAGAACUAGCCAUCACGGAUGCUUCCUGCUCCGUUUCCACCGAAAUGGCAAGUGGACCCUCCAGUGCAUAAUCUCUGGCCGCUAUCUUGAAUCGGAUGGUCAAGAUGUAUUCUGCAACUCCAGAGUUCUUUCGGCUUACCAUAUGUGGACUCCCAGGCCAGCCCUGCAUGUCCACGUGAUCCUCUAUAGCCCCACCUACCACAGCUAUGCCAGAGCAGACCACACUGUGGGCCGAGUCUGGGUGGACGCAGCAGUCCCCUGCCUAGAGGAAUGUGGUUUCCUGUUACAUUUCCAAGAUGGAUGCUACCACCUGGAGACUUCUACACACCAUUUCUUGUCUCGAGUAGACCGCCUGGUCCCUAAGCGCUCAACACAGACAGCUUUUCACAUGCAAGUGCGGCCUCGAGGACUCGUGGCCCUAUGUGAUGGAGAAGGCGGCUCGUUAUAUCCACAGGGUUCACAUCUACUCCUGGGACUGGGCUCCACCCCCAUGAAGGGCGAGGAGUGGUUUGUCCUACAACACUUCCCAGCCUGGGUGAGCCUGAAGUCAAAGUCUCGGAGGUUCCUCUCAGUCAUCUAUGAUGCCGAGGUGUGUGCCGCUUCUGAGCGAUUGACACAAAUGUCCUUGUUCCAGUAUGAAUGUGACAGCGAGUCCCCUAUCUUACAACUUCGUUCAGCCAAUGGCUUCUACCUAGCCCAGAGGAGGCACCGAGCAAUCAUAGCAGACGGGCACCCCAUGGAGUCUGACACCUUCUUCCGAGUGCACUGGAAUUGUGGGAAAAUCACUCUGCAGUCCCCCAAUGGGCGUUUCCUGAGCAUUGCCUCCAAUGGCCUGCUAAUGUCAAAUGUCACCAUCCCAGGCCCUAACGAAGAGCUGGGGAUUCGAUUUGCCAAUCGCCCCUUUCUCGUCUUACGAGGUCGGUACGGGUAUGUGGGCUCCUCCUCCGACCAUGACCUGCUGAAGUGCAACAUGGAUCAGCCUGACUGCAUUCAGCUACUGCCCUGCCACCAGGGCAUCUAUCACUUUCAGGCACAGGGUGGAUCCUUCUGGUCAAUAACAUCCUUUGGCACCUUCCGCCCUUGGGGAAAAUUUGCCCUCAACUUCUGUAUAGAACUUCAGGGGAGCAGCUUGCUUACGGUGCUGGCACCCAAUGGCUUCUACCUCCGAGCUGACCGAAGUGGCACACUAUUGGCAGACAGUGAAGAAAUUACCAAAGAAUGUAUCUGGGAAUUUUAGGUCAAUGGAACGUCGCCUGCCAAACUGUAAAUCCUCCAGGAGCAACUUCUGAACUGAACCGAGCAGGAGACCCAGCGUCACAAGAAGAAUAUGUGCUGUGCAUUUUUUUUCCUACCGAGUUUAGCAAAACACCUCUUUCAAGUGACAAUACAUCACGAAAGGCUACCCCCAA